AUGGAUUUUGUAUCUUAUGAAAUUCAUAAUCAACAGCAAUUUUGGGAAGUUUACAUAGAAUUGACUGAAAUUUUAUUUCCUAUUGAAAAAACUCAAAAAUAUGUGGAUAUUUCUAUUAAAAAUUUUUUAAAUUUUACAACAAUAUAUGGAGUUAAUAAAUACUUGAAAAAAGAUGCAGAUUAUGAGCUCUGUUGUUAUAAAUUUUUGAAUUCUAGUAUAUUUAUAUUAAACAAAGAUUAUGUUCGAUACCAAAUGAUAAAAAUGAUUAAUCAACAAGAUAUGAUCCAAUACUUUUAUAUUUUGUACUGGCUUUUAUUUCUUGAUGCUCAAUCAUGUCCACAAACUUAUAAACUUAUGAAAGAUAAAGGGUCAUUUCAAUCCUUAGUCAUUACUGUGUGGAAGCAUUUUCAAAAGUUCCCCGAAGUUCAUCGGCUUGGAUUAAAAAUACUUUAUGAAAUGUCUCGUGAAUAUCAACUUACAUACAAUGAAUUAUUUUUUAUACACGAAGAAUUUCUUUGUUUUAUUUUUGAGUUGCUUGAAAAAAAUGUUUAUGAUGGAAGUUCUUAUGUACUUUCUAUUAUAAAAUUAAUCCUUCUUAUUAACGAACAAUACAUUAUAAGGUCACUACCUUCUCAUUUACAAAGCACACAGGAAUCAUCUAAACAAAUUAAAAACGACUUUCCUGUAAAUUUCGUUAUGGAUAUUCUUAAAAAAAAAGGAAAUUUGUACAAAACUUAUGGAGAAGAUAUAAUAUUUGUAUUAAAUAGACAAAAAGAUACAUAUUUACAAUUUUUAAUUUUAAAACAACUGUAUCUUUUAUUUACUACUAAAGAAACAUUUGAAUAUUUUUACACCAAUGACCUUAAGGUUUUAGUAGAUGUGUUUAUUAAAAAAUUAUAUAAUUUUUCUGAAGAUAAUAAGAAGCUUUAUCAAACUUAUCUUCGUGUUUUUUAUUAUUUACUUAAAAAUACUCAACUAAAAAAUCCGCCUCAUUAUAAACAAAAUCAACUUCAAAAAUUAUUUCAAACAUUAAAAGAAACUAUUUCAUAUCAACAUGUUAAAUCAAUUAAUGAAAUUACUGAAAAAUUAUUAGAGAGAUGUAUUAAUAUAAGUUGGAUAAAAAAUUAUGAAUUGAAGAAUGAUACAAUGUUUUUCACUAAUUGGAGCAAUGAAUCAAAAACUAGUUUCAUAGAUGUAGUUACAGUAAAUAAUGAUCAUAUUUUUCCGGAUUCAAAUAAAUUACAUACGAUUUAA